AUGGCUGUCACGUUGUGUCGAACAACAAAGAUGACAAUUGUUAGACGUUUUACUUUACAAAAUCUAUCGAGACAUGAAAAACAGUUUUGUACAGAUGGAAUCACCAAAUUAAAGCCACACGGACUUUCGAGACGGAUCAAGAUAGGAAAUAUCGACAUUGCUCCAUGGACGUGUGCAGGAUUGGAGUCAUGUGUUGUGGUCGGCCUCAGUGUUGGGAAUUCUAAAAGUUUACAACUGGCAUUUGAUAUGGGUUACGCUUGCCAAACAAGUGUUCCGUGUAGUCACGUGUUUAUUAGCCAUGGCCACAUGGACCACUGUUCUGCCAUAAAUCAACAUGCCAGUAAACGCUCGUUAGUAAACUUACCUCCCGCCAAAUACUACCUGGGUAAUGAUGUGAUUGCACCCAUGCAUGUUAUACAUGAAAACUUUCAAAAGAUAUCUGAAUUUCCAUUCAAGGCAGACCUGAUUGUGGCUAAACCAAAUGAGUCAAUUAAGUUACCGGGACCCUACCAUGUAGUUCCAUUUAAGACAUUUCAUCGUGUACCAAGUAUGGGAUUUUUACUGUACAAGACAAUCUCACAGAUCAAGGACAAAUUCUCAAAACAUAGUUGGAAUGAAUUAAGAGAUCUAGAACAACGUGGGGAACAAAUUUACGAACAAACAGUUAUUCCAGAAUUAGCCUAUACUGGUGAUACUACUUUUGAGGUAUUCCUAAAGCCGCCAAUUGCUGACAUACUCAAAGUGAAAGUACUCAUCACAGAGUGUACCUAUAUAAACACAUAUAAGAAUAUAAAUGAAGCUAUGACCAGAGAACGAGGCCACAUUCAUCUUCACGAGAUCAUACGAAAUCCUCACAUCUUUUCCAAGGUGGGCAAUCUCAUGCUGGUGCAUUUCUCAAAUAGAUAUCGAGCUGAUGAUAUUAGCAGGACAAUAGAAAGACUGUGUCCUGCUGAGUUAAAACAGAAACUGUACUCUGCUAGUGUACACCAGGAAGAGACAUAUAUUACAUCUUACUGA